CUAUUCAACGUAUUGUUUCGCAGAUGUGGGCAGUACACUCCCAUCUGUGGCUGAAGGGCGGCGGUGGUUUAAAGCCGAGAAAGGCAGCGAUGAGGAGGCGGAAUAUGUCGGUGUGAGGACGUUUCGUUUGCUCCACAACAGAGAAGCUCGCAUUGCCAGGUGUGUCUCAUCAGCCACCUAAUACGAGCCUACUUCCCUCCUGCACCACCACUGUCAAGGUAGCCAUGGCGACCAGUGCUGUUCCAAGUGACAACCUGCCAACAUACAAGCUGGUGGUGGUGGGGGAUGGUGGUGUUGGGAAAAGUGCUCUAACCAUCCAGUUUUUCCAGAAGAUCUUUGUACCAGACUACGAUCCCACGAUAGAAGACUCGUAUCUUAAACACACUGAGAUAGAUGGACAGUGGGCAAUACUGGAUGUGCUGGACACAGCCGGCCAGGAGGAGUUCAGUGCAAUGAGGGAGCAGUAUAUGAGGACAGGAGACGGCUUCCUCAUCGUCUUCUCCGUCACAGACAAGGCCAGCUUCGAACAUGUUGAUCGAUUCCAUCAACUCAUACUACGGGUCAAAGACAGGGAGGCAUUCCCUAUGGUGCUGGUUGCAAACAAAGUGGAUUUAGUCCAUCUGAGAAAAGUCACAACAGACCAGGGCCAAGAGAUGGCUGCAAAACAUAAUAUAACUUAUAUAGAAACCAGUGCCAAGGAUCCCCCAAUGAAUGUGGACAAAGCCUUUCAUGAACUGGUCCGAGUUAUAAGACAACAGGUUCCAGAGCGAAACCAGAAGAAGAAAAAGAAGAUGAAAUGGAGAGCAGAGAGGUCAACGGGUUCUCACAGGUUCCACUGCGCCAUCUUGUGACCUCCUUUGUCCUCUUUAUCCUUUAUGACAUACACUCUAAAACCAACAUGCACAUCAACAUACCUUUGGAUGUCAGGGAACACCCCAGCAGUGGUUAAACUGCUGGAGCACAAACAGGAGAGGGAAGGGGAGAUGGACACUGAAUGCAGAGCCCAAAAGGUGAAAUGAAUCUGAAACGUGGGACUGUUGUCCCCUCAGCCUCUCACAAUGCCUUGGAACGAGCGCUGUGCCCUCUUUGAAUACUUUCAAAGGUAUUUUUGUUGUUUUUUUUCCCACCUCCCUGUCAUCCCCCUCUGUAUUCAACCUGGAACUACUUAGUCGUCAAACUGAUUCUCAAAACUAAGUGUAAUCUCUUUACUUAAAUCUUAAAUGUGGCACAAGAUGAUGAUGAACUUUGGGGGAAAAUACAGAGAUGAGAAAACUUCUGAAGUCUUGAGAAAGCAAAGGAAAAGGGAGUAACUGGCUCAAAGUGGCACCUUGUGUUUGCACACACCUUGGUUUUCCUACCCUUUCUACCGUCACACUCCUGCAACCCACCCCCCCGAUAGGCUUUCUGUGUUCCUCCAUGGCAGAGUGGACAUCAUGAGAGCAUCAUGAGAGAAUAUGAGAGCAUAUUCAGAUGAAUAUGAGAGUGGUGAUUUUUACCAGUGUCAGUGGACUUGUGAGUUAAGUUGGGUGUGAGUACUAGGAGUGUAGCAUGUACUUUAUGAAAUGUUGGGAGACAGAAGUAGAAAGUUGAGGAAAUGUGUUGAAAAUGUAUGGAAUGUGGCCAUAUCAGAUGUUCCGGUGUUUAAACAUACAGAGAAUUAAGUAGAUGUAACUGAUCAGCUAAGGGCCAAGUUUACAUAAACUUUUAGUACAGAUUAUUUUCCCAUAUGGACAGCACACAGGAACCACUUUUUGUGCUUUCAAGUUUUGAGAACAAUUCAUGGUUUGAACAAGUCUUUAAUCAUUCAGUGUGCAAUCCUUGUACUGUAUGACCCUUUACAAUGUUAAUGUUUAUUUUCCCUUAAAUUCACUUUUUUUUUUGUAUCUCAAAGUGUAGUUCAAAUAUUUGUGAUAUGUAAAUUAUCUAAUUAUAAUUCUAGGUGGCAAUGUAGACAAAUUCACUGCUGUUUCACAAAGAAUCUUUUUUGGAAGAAAAAUAAAGUAGAAAAGGGAUCAUGAGAGCUCCAUGCUUCUGAGCCGAAACAGGCUGGAGAAGCUCAUUUGCACUGGCCACUAACCAAAAUAAUGUGAUGUCACUUUAUUUUCAAUCCAGGGGCUUUUCAGACUCCAUCACUGAAUUCAGGACUGUCUUAUAAGAUGUAUCCUGCUCAGUAAAGGACAGUAAAAUACUGUUGCCCUGGGAACACACAUCAGUGUUACAAAGGCUGCCUGAAGCAGGCGGCGUGACGCUCCUUGGGCUCGAAGCCAUGUUAAUUGUAGGAGAAACCUCACGGUCGGAGCAACAACACACUGAGUGUGCCUGUGUUUUGUUGUGGUGAGGUGGAUGGGAAUGUACAAUUUAAUAACCUAUGAAAUGGCUUGUACUGUUACCGGACUAAAGUUUUGGGUGGACAACUCUCUUGUGUGGACGUGUCACUGACUCCUGAAGGAAAACUUUUUUGCACUUUUAAUACAAUUUCUGAAUUUCCUAUUAGCAGGUUGCUUUCUUGUCAAAUGUGUAAGUCAGCUGAAAGGCACAGGGAAAAAUUAUCUGAAUGUAAAUCUAAUUAAACAGACAAUUUGGAGUUAGAGACGUGUGUCCCUGUGUAUGCCUGUUGCCCUGGAGAUGAUUGUUACACAUGAAAUAAUUUGUGAUUUAAUCAUUAAAGUCUUAGAAGAAGAUGAGUUGCAUAUAAGAUUGUUAGGAAUGAAGAGGCCUGCAUAUGAAAAGUCCUGUCUAAUGAUGGGGAUGCAACUUCACCGACGGCUGGAAGCAGAGCCUCGGCAGAAAAACAACUGAAAACUUCAAAAGAAGGGAUUGUUGACCAAUUAAGCAACAGGCAGGAAAGAAAAAGA